AUGGCGGAAUUUGUCCCCAAAGCUGGGGGCGUCGAGAUGGCGACCGAGAACACAGUGCUACAACCAGCCGAGCCGCUACCGAUAAACGAAUCGGACGGGGGAAAGGAGGAAACGGAACAAAAGGAAACUGUUGAUGGACAGACAGGGGAAUCGAGCGCUGUGGAUGCUUCGGCGGAUACAUCACCGAAAGGAAAAGACAAGGACGAGCCGCCGCCAGUAGUCGGGAAAGCAAGAGAGGGCGACUCGUUGUCAAUAGGGCCGCCCGACCUGCCGCCUCCCGCUCUCGCAGGGGACGACACCGCCGCGCCCGUCUGCGCCAUUACCCUGCUUCUCCCGACGGGUGCCAGGCACCCCUACAGGAUCGAUGAGAAAUAUCUUUCCAAACGCAAUGUCGAGGUGCCAGAGGUGACGGAAUCGGGCGGCCGGGAUCCCUUCAGCAUUUCGAUUUAUAAGCUGAAGGAGUUGAUUCUGCGGGAGUGGCGGGAAGAGUGGGACGGCAAACCGGCCAGCCCGAGCAGCAUCCGGCUGAUCCAUUUCGGAAAACUGUUGGACGACAAGGAGCAAUUGAAGAAGUACCAGUUUAGCCAGGACAGCCCCAAUGUCGUCCACAUGUCGGUGCGCCCACCGGAGAUGAUGGAAGAGGAAGAGACGGCUAAGAGCAAGGCCCACAGCCGGGAGGGGCGGAGCCGAGAUGGCGGCAGCGGCUGCUGCGUGAUCCUAUGA